UUUGCAAGAAUCUUACACUUGGAGCAAUAUUAAUGCAUGUGUACAUAACAUCAUUAUUGGACAAUUGUGGAUUGAACAGGUAACUAAGGGGGUUUGAAAGGAUAAGUAUCGGUAAUGUUCUCCCUAGAGGUCUAGUAAAGAGCCAUCUCUUACUCACCUUACUCGGUGUUCCUACAGUUGAAAAUCGGCGUACCAGGAGAGAACCUGCUGUGUUCGGUAGAGUCAAACUGGAAGCACUCUUCUCACAUGGGACUGGGAGGAAAUUAUAAUCCGACAACUACAUAUUGCAGGAAAUCAAUCCUCGUUCACAGAGACGAAAAACACAUGCCCUAACCACUGUGUCACAUCCUUACUUUGAAGUAAAAGUUUGAAGCAAAUAAUGUAUGUCCUCUGUGUUACAGUAUGGUCAAAUGGAGAUCAUUAAUCAUGCUCAUGGUGUGAAAUGUGUCGUCAACUUUAAACCUUGUGGCUGGUUUGGCCGGGAGGCAAAUAAAAUUGAAGCCACUAUCUAUAAUAAGAAGUAUGGAAAUAAGUAGUUUAUUUACACUAGACAGCUCUAUCAGCUCUAUUAGAACUGUUCUCAAUAGAGGUCCAGUAACAGAUGUUUCAGAGACCUGACUCGGUGUUAAACACGGUUCGUACAAAACUGGAAUGUCCUUGAAAUUCGAAGACAAAAAUUCAAGGCCUUGAAUGUCUUGGAAUUUGUAAAGAAGUGCUUGAAAGUCAUUGAAUUUUUCUUGCUUUAGUUUUUGGAUAUUUUUUGAAAUUGUUUGACAUUCAAAAACGGCCAUUUUGUUGAAUUUAUUUUGCGUGUUCAUAUCUGACAAAGCUGUUUGAAACUCAUUAAAGUUGCGUUUUGAACAUUUCAACGUCAGAUUUUACUGAUUUCUAACCCCUUCUCUUCAGUAUUUAGUGCUUGAAUUUGAUGAUACAUUGAAAGUCUGAAUAUCCUUGGAAAGUCCUUGAAUUUGACUCUCACUCUCACGAACCCUGGUGAAAGACUGAGUCAGUUUCCUCAAACAUUUCUUACAAAUCAUUCAACAUUUAGAAUUUACCUGUGUAAAAUUCCUACUGUGGUCACAGAAACUUUGAUAGUGUAAAAAACAAGCCUUAACAUAUUCUCAAAUCUACGUUAUCCAGAGGCGAGAAGGAAUACAUUCUGCAAGGUGAUUGGACAGAUCAACUGUACGGUUACCCAGUAAAACGUAAAUCAAAACCAGAACACGAUUACAAGACUGCUUCAAUGGGUUCAACGACAGGCAGCACACUCAUAGCUCCGAGUAUUUCCAGCACCAGCGCUGAUAGCUCAGAUGAUGAUGAAUAUGAUGACUGUCGAGUUCUCCUCUGGAAAGUCAACCCCCGGCCACCUAACUCCAAAGAGGUAAACUUGAUGUGAUAAGCUGAUGUUCAGGGGGGGGCACAAUUCAGUUCUCCUCUGGAAAGUCAACCCCCGGCCACCUAACUCCAAAGAGGUAAACUUGAUGUGAUAAGCUGAUGUUCAGGGGGGGGCACAAUUCAGUUCUCCUGUGGAAAGUCAACCCCCGACUAUCAAACUCUAUGGAGGCAUAGCUAGGCUGUUAUUAGAGUUAAAGGCAUAGGCUGACAUACAGAGACGGACAUGACUCCAAUUUUCUAUAGAGUGAACCCCCCGGCCAUGAAACUUUAAGGAGGUGAAGUUAACGUUAUAGUUUGACUUUCAGGGGGGGGGAACACGACCCCAGUUCUAAACAUUUUCUCAUAUUUUUAGAUGUACAACUUUACGUCGUUUGCGAUGCAAUUGAACGAGCUGCAUGAAGAUCAAGCUGAAAGGGUGAGUAGACGACGCAAUCUUUCUGUGCAAGAAAAUAUUUUUGUCUCAUGAAACGUGUAUUUUUCAGCUUCCUCCAAGCGAUGCUCGACUGAGACCAGAUGUUCGCGCAUUGGAAACAUUAGAUAUAGGUAUGCCAUUCAGUAUUCUACAAUAGCCUUCGGGCAGUAGGGCAUCUGGCACCCUCUUAACCCCGCGCCCCAUAACAAUGUUGUGUGAUAUUGUAUCUUAACUUAAAUAGACAGUGCAAUACGUUCUCAAUGAAAACAUGAUGUCAUGCUGCAACAUUGCUUAGGGGGGAGGGGGUAUAUUGGACUAUUUUGGAUCAUUGAAUUUUUGACAAUGUUUUGUCAAUGAUUGUAGCUCUAGUCUCAUAUAGAUCCGUUAUCCUCUUAAAAAUCUUUGAACGUUGUCCUCUAUCCCUUGUCAUAUCCUUAAUCUUUCAUUCAGAUUAUGCUGCCCUCUAUCCUGUCAUAUCCCUAUUCUUUCAUUCUGAUUAUGCUGAAACGUUGCCCUCUAUAUCCUGUCGUAUCCCUAUUUCAUUCAGAUUAUGCUGCUGAUGAAAAAAGGAGACUGGAAGAAAAACAACGAACGGCCAGGAAAGAACGAAACAAAAAAAAAGAGGAUCAUGUCGCCAGGUAAAACAUUUUUUAUUUAAUUUUCUUUUGAAGUCAAAGUUUGGAUGUUAGUUAGUACAGGUCUUUCACCCUGUCACUGAGGUUUGAUUCCUGCAAUAUGCUGCUGUUCUCAUUAUAAUUUCACCUCAGUCACAUGUGAGAAGAGUGAUUCCAGUUUGAUUCUACCAAACUCCACAGGUUUUCUCUUGGUAUUCCAGUUUCCUCCUGUAGGAUCAAUAAGAGAUGAUCCUUACUGGACCUCUAGGAAGAACAGUUUAGAACUGAUAGAGCUAUCCAGUAUAAAUAAAGUUAGUUUAGUUUAGGUUUCCUCCUGUAGUAACACUGGAUCAAUAAGAGAUGAUCCUUACUGGACCUCUAGGAAGAACAGUUUAGAACUGAUAGAGCUAUUCAGCAUAAAUAAAGUUAGUUUAGUUUAGGUUUCCUCCUGUAGUAACACUGGAUCAAUAAGAGAUGAUCCUUACUGGACCUCUAGGAAGAACAGUUUAGAACUGAUAGAGCUAUCCAGUAUAAAUAAAGUUAGUUUAGGUUUCCUCCUGUAGUAACACUGGAUCAAUAAGAGAUGAUCCUUACUGGACCUCUAGGAGAACAGUUUAGAACUGAUAGAGCUAUCCAGUAUAAAUAAAGUUAGUUUAGUUUAGGUUUCCUCCUGUAGUAACACUGGAUCAAUAAGAGAUGACUCUUACUGAACCUCUAGGAAGAACAGUUUAGAACUGAUAGAGCUAUACAGUAUAAAUAAAGUUAGUUUAGUUUAGGUUUCCUCCUGUAGUAACACUGGAUCAAUAAGGGAUGAUCCUUACUGGACCUCUAGGAAGAACAGUUUAGAACUGAUAGAGCUAUCCAGUAUAAAUAAAGUUAGUUUAGUUUAGGUUGCCUCCUGUAGUAACACUGGAUCAAUAAGAGAAAAUUCUUACUGGACCUCUAGGGAGAACAGUUUAGAACUGAUAGAGCUAUCCAGUAUCAAUAAAGUUAGUUUAGUUUAGGUUGCCUCCUGUAGUAACACUGGAUCAAUAAGAGAACAUUCUUACUGGACCUCUAGGGAGAACAGUUUAGAACUGAUAGAGCUAUCUAUAGUGUAAUGAUUCAAAUACAAUUUCUAUGUUAAGGUGGUUCAAAGAGGCGCCCAAUCCAUACAAUGGACAAAUGGACUGGCUAUUUACCGAGCAAUACUGGGAACGAGACUUUAGUAAAUGCCCGGAUAUAUUUUAAUAUCAGCACGGCACACCCAGAAAUUAUUUUGAAAUAUUUCAAUUGCAAUGAAAUGGUGUAGGAAAUUUUGAUACAACACUCCUUUCCCCUGGCGUUACAGCGUAGCAGAUGCUGGCCAACUUCACAAAUGUUUACACUUACAGGAGAAAAUUAAACUGCAUCUCUCAAUUCUAUAGAUAUUUUGCCACCAAAUACAAGACUACUACAUAAAAGGGAAAGAACAGGGCCUCGGAGGGGGGGGGGGAUUGUCCCGGGGCACAGAUUACUACACAGAAAUCCAUCUCCAUUGUUUUUUGCGUAUUGCGUUAUUCGUCAUGAUUCGUCACUCAGCAAGUACCGUAAACAGAAGCAGUCACCCCCCUGGACGUACGCCGUUUUUAGUAUUUUCAGGGGGGACUACUUCUGUUGACGGUACUUGCUGAGUGACGACGAAUCAUGGCGAAUAGAGCUUAGGCAAAAAAAAACAAUGGAGAUGAACUUCUGUGUAGUGUUCUGUGCCCGGGCCCCCACCUUAAUAGGGCUCCAACUUGAGAGCGAGAGCCUAAAAUUGAGUAGGCUUUUUGAAAUUGAGGGCCCCUUAAAACUCUAGUUGGGUAACUGACAUGGGUUUAGCUUAAAAAUAAUGAUGUCAUGGGGCUCCCAGAGAAGAUUUGCCCUGCCCCCCUCCCCCCCGCGAAUUCUCUCGGCGGCCCUGGAAAAAAAUUAACAAUUAUUUUCUCACUCUGAUAACUGCAGGUUGACCAACAUCUGCUGCUGCUUAGCGAAUAUUAAUUAUGUAGACCUUUAUUCAGGGCGAGACUUUUUUAUUUAUUGGUUUACGGAUUUGAUUUUUAAAAAUAAGAGGUCGGUAGGUCGGAAAAAAUUUUUAAAAAAACGAACUGAGUAUAAAUGAAAACCGAAAUUAAUAAUCUUUAUAAAAAUUGUUAACGUCAAUUUCAAAAAAAAAAACGCAAAAAACGUGGCUAAUCUACAUAUUGUCACAACGAUAACAUGAGCCAGCAGUACUUAGAGUCAAAGUUACUUGAAGUGUACUUCAUGUCAGAACCCCAAAUUAAUUAAAAAUUUUAACUAAAAUUGUAAAAUUUUUGACAUCCAAAUUUUUUUUUUAUUUUUCACUUUCUGAAUAUUUACGGUCGGCGGAUUCGUAAACCAAUGAAUAAAAAAAGUCUCGCCUUAUAGAACCGCGCUUUGUAAGACUAGCAAUUAUGCUAUCUUACCAAAAGGGCCGCAGUCGCUAUGUUGCAUCAACGCUUGUGUAAAUUGCUGCUGAAGCACUGCUGCUUUCCUUAGUAGACAAUCAGUGAAGUAAAUAUUAUGCAAUUGAAAAUUAUUAAAAUUUGUGUACAAUCUGAUCAAUGAUCAUCUAACAUGUUUAAUGUUUAAAGACUUUAAAUAGAAAUUGUUUUUUAAUCUUAUUUCCCGAAGGUGGGAAAAUCGUGAAACAGAAACCAUUCUGAA